CCCGUCGCUCAACGACUCAGACGAUCGCGCGAGUGUGGCGAGCGACCCCAGCGAGCUGCCCUGGCGACUGCAUGUCGAUACCGCCGCAGCCCAAGCGGCCAAUCCUCCAUCUUCCGUUCGCUCCUCUCUCGUCUCAGCCUCCCCCUCGGGGUCCGAGACGAUGCUCAACGACGCGUCUGGCUCGUCAUCGCGCCGGUCGUCCGACUCCACGCGGACAAUGCCGCGCCUCAAUGGCCCUCGGCGCGAGCGUAACGCCCAAGACCGAUCCAUGUCCAUGUCCGCCGCCUCUAACAACAUGCGUUCCGUCUUUGAGACCAUCCACGCCAACACCGCCACCGCCGCUGCCGCGACGAAGCGACCCAAAUCGCCCAAUCACAAGCGGAAGACGCCCAUCGUGUAUCCCGCGCUGCUCUCGCGUGUGGCGGAGGCGUUCCGCGACCGCAUCCAACUGUCAGACCGCGUUAAGGACGGCCUCACAUACAAGAACGCGUUCGAUGGGCGAGAAGCUGUUGACAAGAUCGCGUACAUCAUCAAGACUACCGAUCGCACGCUCGCGCUGCUCCUUGGUCGUGCGCUUGACGCGCAAAAAUUCUUCCACGAUGUCACUUACGACCAUCGACUGCGCGACUCGCCCAAUGAGCUCUACCAGUUCCGUACGACCCUUCCCAGUCCAUUCGUGUCCGGUGAGACGGUGCAACCGCCACCACAACCGGAGGAAGAGGAGGCGGACGAGUCACCCUUGCCAUCAGGUGUCUUCACCCUGCUCACGGACUGCUAUAGUCCAACUUGCUCGCGUGAUGCACUAUGUUACUCCAUCGUCUGCCCUCGACGACUGGAACAGCAAGCGCGGUUGAGCAAGCAGCAACAGCAUCAGCAGCAACAUCCAUCCUCCGAGGCUCUACACUUGAAGAUCGACAAGGCGAAGGAGAUGGACGACGAAGCUGAGAAGCAGGACCGCGACGAGGCAGAUGCUCUCGGCGAGGCCACUUUGUGGAUACAUACCGUACCCAAGGAGAUCGUUGACUCCGUAUCCGACAAGGAGAAGAAGCGACAAGAGGCCAUCAAUGAGGUCAUCUAUACCGAGCGGGACUUCGUGCGCGACAUGGAGUACUUGCGGGAUUUCUGGAUCAAGCGUCUACAAGACUCGGACGUCAUCCCCAUCGAGCGACGGACGCAGUUCCUCGAGCAGGUCUUCUGGAACGUCUUCGACAUCAUCGCCGUCAACACGCGCCUGCGCGACGCGCUCACGAAGCGGCAAAAGUCGUACGCCGUCGUCGAGAAGAUAUCCGACAUCUUCCUCGACGCCGUGCCGCACUUCACACCGUUCAUCUCGUAUGGCGCGCACCAGAUGUAUGGGAAGUACGAGUUUGAGAAGGAGAAGAGCUCGAACCCGGCAUUCGCGCAGUUCGUGGAGACGACGGAGCGAUUGCCCGAGUCGCGCAAGCUCGAGUUGAAUGCGUACUUGACGAAGCCGACGACGCGUCUUGCGAGGUACCCAUUGCUUCUCGGUGCGGUGCUUAAGCAUACGCCACCGGACUCGCCGGACGCGGAGGGUUUGCCGAAGGUCAUUGAGAUGGUUCGCGAGUUCCUCAAGCGCGUCAACGAGGAGAGCGGGAAGACGGAGAACCGGUUCAACCUGAUUCAGCUCGACCAGCAACUCAUCUGGAAGCAGGGUGACGAGGUGAACUUGCGACUACGUGACGAGGGGCGUGAGCUGGUGUACAAGGGCACCCUGGCGCGGCGUGGCGGUGAGAGCGGCGACCUUGUGGUUUGGUUGUUCGACCACGCGGUCUUGUUCGCGAAGUCCAGCAAGGCGAAGGGUCAUGGUGAGAUGUUCAAAGUCUAUCGAAGACCAAUACCUUUGGAGCUUUUGGCCAUUGCGGCGUCUGCGGAUGACAUGUCGGGUGGCAGGAAGAAAGGCUUGACGCGGCGCGGGUCGUUUGGCUCAAUGAGCACGGCCGGCAACCCAUUGUCCCUUACUCCCGCCUCCACCCUUGGCCACUCCGCCACCAAUCUCGCUUUGGACGCGUCCCCGGACGGUGACUCACCAGCAACCACUGAAGGCAACUCCGCCAUCACCCACAAGUCGUCCGUCCUGCCAUUCUCUGGAGCUUCAGACAAGGACAAAGCCGCCUACUGGAUCUCUUUCACCCACCUCGGCCGCAAGGCGUACAAUCUCACCCUCUACGCUCCCUCGCCCGUCGCCCAGAAGAAGUGGGUCGAGGCGAUCCUCAAGCAGCAAGCCGUCAUGCGCGACCGCAGCCGGUUCUUUGAGAUGCACAUCAUCAGCGAGGGCUUUUUCUCCAGUGGACGGGUGGACCCUCUGCCGCACUCGGGGCCGGCGCACCUGACGAGGCCGAGCCAGUCGCGCUCGAAUGGUGUGAGUGCGACGGCGGCGAGGAUGGGCCCGAGUGGCGCGGGAUGGGGCGGCGGGCGCGUCAAUUGCGCUGCGCCGUUUGCGGGCGGCAGGAGGAUCGUGUACGGGACGGACGACGGUGUAUAUAUGAGCGACCUGCGCGAGCCGGGGAGGGAGCCGCAGAAGGUCGUUGCGCUGCUCGACGUCAGCCAGGUAGACGUCCUUGAGGACUACCAGUUGCUGAUCGUGCUGUCGGAGCGGCAAGUUAUCACAUUCCCUUUGGAUGCAUUGGACCCCAUAGACCCAAUGGCGCCUUUGAAGCGGGCGAAGCGCAUUUCGUCGCACACGUCCUUCUUCAAGGCUGGCUUCUGCUUGGGGCGAGUGCUGGUGUGCAUCGUGAAGAGCUCGCAGCUCUCCAGUACGUUCAAGACCCUGGAACCCAUCGACCAGAACGUUCGCGGACGGGCAAAGCCGACCUUCCGCAAGCUUCUGCAGGGCGGCAACGACACGCUGAAGCUAUUCAGGGAGUUCUACAUUCCCGUUGAGUCGACCUCGAUUCAUUACCUGAAGACGAAGAUGUGUGUUGGAUGCUCCCGAGGGUUCGAGAUCGUCGAUCUGGAGACGCUCGAUACGCAAGGGCUCCUUGACCCGAACGACGAGAGUCUUGAGUUCGUCCACAGCAAGACGAACCUGCGACCCAUGGCGAUCUACAGAAUACAGAACGAGUUCUUGCUCUGCUACGAUGAAUUUGCCUUCUACGUGAACAAGACUGGCAGGAGAUCUCGCAAGGACUUCAUGGUGUACUGGGAAGGCAAUCCUACAGGGUUUGCUCUUCACGAACCAUAUGUUCUCGCCUUCGAACCCAGUUUUGUUGAGAUCCGACAUAUCGAGACCGGCCACAUGUCCCAGGUCAUCCAGGGCAACAACCUCCGCCUCCUCUUCGCCGACACCCCUCCCUCUGUGCAGAACGGCGGCAGCAUGUACUAUAACUCCAACCCAUACCAGCCGCCGGCGCACACCGGCUACGACUACAACCCGUAUGCCAACCCUGGAUACGGCUACCCGCAACGACCACCACAGCAGCCGUAUAUGCAGCAGUUCCCUACGCCCAAUCCGUAUAUGCGGAACGUCCAGGGCGUCGGCCGGGACGAGAUCAUCCUCGUCUCAGACGACAAGGUGCUUACCCUCCGACCCACCAUGCCGCCGCCCGGGCAGCAGCAGUUCGUGUCGGACACCGCGUCGGUGCGGUCCAUGCCGAGGUAGUAUGUAGCUGUCGCGCACGCGUGCUCUCCGCUGUCUUGUUUUCGUCGGCGAUCCCCAACCUCUGUACAUGAUGACUGAUCUCUUCCCCUAUCGUCUCUCAUUCUCUUCCCGCAUCGCACUACCUAACUUAUCACCUUUCUCUUCCUGCGAGGGCGCCGCCGGCGUCUCUUGCCUGCACGAUCUGAUUUAUGUCCGCGUGCUACUCACGACCUCGCCCCACUAGUCCCUGUUCUCUUUAUCUUCGUUCUUGCAUAGUACGUACUAAGUAGCAUAGUAUCUCUCAUUGUUGUGAUAUAUACUCAAUGAUUUUUCGGGGGAGACU